UGAGCUUUGAUCUACAUACAAUAAUGUUAGCCUAUAUCGAAUUAUAUAUUCAUUGAAUUACGAGUGACUAUACUACCAGCGAGUAAAUGUAUAUUUACAGACUAAACGGUAGUGGUUGACAGUUUUAACCAAAUUCACCUUGCAACCGGUUUUAAAACUCUAUUCAUCGUCAUGGCGGCAACAAUUGAUGUGUUGAUACAACAAAAUGUUUCUGUAGGAUUAUUUAUUUUUGUGAUUUGUACAUUUUUACCUGUCAUGCUGGUGACGAUAAUUGGAAACUUGAUUGUUAUACUCAGUGUGUACCGGAAACGUUCUUUAGCAAAAACUCCGAAUAGUAUCUUCAUAUCAUCCUUAGCACUCUUUGAUUUCUUAAAUGGGUUGAUUGGAAUUCCACUCUGUAUGGUUGCUUAUAUUCUUCGUAGACAGUUUUUCUAUAUAGAAAACUGUGGAAUUUGGUAUCGUGUGCCUGCCAGAAUAUUUGUCACAAUCUCAAUGCUUCAUCUCCUUGUGAUCACUAUUGAUCGAUUCCUAGCGAUUAAAUACCCUCUUCGGUAUAUUGUGUGGAUGCCCGUUGAAAGAGCAAUUCGAAUUUGUAUUUGUGUCAGUUUUGUUGGUGUAUUUCUCGGGGGAAUUCCAUCUGCAGUCGGUGCCCUCGCAAGCCUGUUAGUGCCACCUCCUAAUGUGACGUAUGAAUACGAAUGCCGGAGCUCGGCAUUUUAUGAUAUAUAUGGCAAUUCAGUGUACUUUUACCUCAGCGCAAUUAUCGGCUUGACAAUUCCUAUUAUGUUUAUUCUGUACUCAUAUAUUUUCUCAGUUGCGUCAAAAAAGGCGAAGGAGAUUGCCACACAUCACGGAAAGAAAGUUAACAGGCGAGAAAUGAAAGUUACCAAGACAGCAGCCAUAGUACUUCUAGUUUACACUCUGUGUGUUGCACCAACCUUUCUAAAAAGCACAAUUGUCCACAACGCUGUUGAUAAUGGUUCCACUUGGCUUGUGUGGUUCUUGUGGUUAGCAGAUUUUCUCAUCCUCGCUAACUCGAUGAUUAAUCCAUUAAUAUAUGCUGGAAGAAGUAAAGAAAUGAGAAAAGAAUUCAAAGAAACAUUCACUACAUUAUUUGUAAGAUUUAACCGGAUCAGAAGUAAACGCGGCGAAAGACGAGCAGACAUAAGCUGUGUUUACGUAAUAUAA